UCUUAUACAUCAUCUCUCCCUUGCAUUGCAAGAGAAGAUCAAAGCCCAACAACAACAACAACAAGAAUGGAGAAAUCUUGUAAGAUCCUCAGAAGAUCAAUCUACACAUUCCUCCAAAACUACCACCAUUUCACCUCAAAAGCAGCUCUCUUGGCCUUGCCUUUCUCAGCCUCAAUCCUCCUCUCACAAGCCUUGAUCUUCCCUUCAUCAUCAUCUUCUUCUCUUUUGCCCACCAUUUACACUCGCCUCGACAACCUCUUCGAUGCCGCCGGCUUCCCACACUCCUCGGAAUUCUUCACAAUUCUCAAUCAGAAGCUCUCCCAGACAAUCUCUUUAUCAAUCUUCACACUUCCCUUUACUCUCACAUUCUUCCUCCUAUCCAAAGCCUAUGUAAUCCAAUCUCUUACCUCUCCGAAACCCGCCUCCCGACCUUCUUUCUCUUCAAUCCUGUCCCUUUACGAUCCACUUUUCAUAACCUACAUAUGCAAUUCUCUCCUGAUCCUCUCUGCCAAUGCAACAGUCUUCACUCUCCUUUUCUUUGCCUUCAAUGUCCUCGACGGGCUCAGUUUCAACUCCCCGAACACCGUCCUCUUUCUCUCGGCAUCCGGGGCUGUUUUGUACUCAAUAGUCCUUGCAAACACACUCAUAACAUGCAAUUUGGCGCUUGUUUUGUCAGGCAUGGAAAGGAGCGGUGGAUACUUGGCCACCCUCAAAGCUUGUGUCCUGAUAAAGGGAAGAAUUUCAACAGCUUUGUCUCUAGCUCUGCCUUUGAAUCUCACUUUGGCUGCAUUAGAGGCUUUGUUCCAAUACAGAGUUGUUAGAGCUUAUCAUGUCCAUGGAAAGCUUGGAUCUUCAAUGGUUUUGGAAAGCAUUUUGAUCUUCUACUUGUACUCAAUUCUUGUGGUGAUUGACACUGUUGUGAACAUCAUGUUCUGCAGAAGUUGCCAAGUGGGGUUUCUGAUUGAUCAAGAGGAAAGAAUUUGUGGGGCCAAAGAUGGAGAUCAUCGUGAUGAGAAAAGCGGCUAUGCCAGUUUGAAGAAUUUGGAAGAAAUUCCAUGAUUUUUUUAAAAUUUUUUAUUUUUCAUGUUCUGAGAAACCAACACAAAAAGUCAACUCUCUUUCUUUUAUUCCUUUGUAAAGGGUGCAGAUGAAUGCAAACAAAUUAAAAGAUCAU